AGGUGCGAAGGGACGCACCUUCACUUUCGCACACGCACUGUCGUUGGCUAUUUAACGCGGCAGCGCAACAACUUUUCUUCUGCUGCUGAACCGAUCUAUUCUAUUUGAGUAAUUAUUAGAAAUGCGCAGCGUGCUGGCGAAGUCCUCGUUGCUGUCCUUCCCGCUCGCGGACGUUGCUGUAAAUCGAUACGAGAAGGAGCGCCGCGAGGACGGCUUUAUCCAGCGCCGCGUCUGCGCAGGUGCGAACCCGUGUGUGGUGGUGUGCAAGGAGGACGGCUCGAAGGUGCUGCUGAACGGCGGCCCGACCAGCUGGCUGCACGCGGUGACGGAACCGAGCAGCGAGUCUUUUCUGAAGAUUGCGUUGACGGACGCCGUGUACGUCGGCGAGGACACGACGCAGCCGCGCAAUGUGUUCGUGGUGGGCUCGCAGGAGGUGGAGAGCGACUACGCGGAGCACCGUGACUGGGUCGCUCCCAUGUCGGUGUUUCCCGCGUUGAGCGCCGCCGAGCAGUCCCUCCUGAGUCUGGCGCUGUCGCUGAAGCAGUGGGCUGCGCUGACUCCGUUUUGUGCGCGCUGCGGCAGCUCGAUGCACUCGACGGACUACGGUCUGACGCGUGCCUGCACGGGCUGCAAAAAUCGCAUUUACCCCCCGGUGGUGCCGGCGAUGAUUGUGGCGGUGCUGGACGGCAAAGGCAGCGUCAUCAUGUCGCAGCGUCUUCGGCCUCACAAGGAUGCGCGCGGUAAGCCGAUGCGUACGGUGCUGUCGGGCUUUGUGGCCCAGGGAGAAUCGAUGGAGGAGACGGUUGUGCGCGAGGUGCUGGAGGAGACGGGUGCGAGGGUGACAAGUCUGCGGUACGUCGGCUCGCAGCCGUGGCCCACGCCCUACGAGCUCAUGACAUGCUACUACGCGGUGGCGGAGGACAGCCCAAAUAUUACUGCGGACGCAGACGAGCUGACGAGUGUGCAUUGGGUGCCCAAGGCAGAGGUGCGACAGGCUUUGGCAGGCCAGCACCCCGACUAUGCCGUUGUGCCCGACUUUACGGCGGCGCACGUGCUACUUUCCAAAUGGGCGAACGGAGAGGUGGAUGACCGCGGCCAGCCGACGCGCAAGGAGUAG